GCUGGCUAAGCGUUCUAUUUUUUGUAGAGACAGGGUCUCGCUCUUGCUCAGGCCCAUCUCCUAUUUUUCUUGUUUGUGUUCUUAAAACUCCCCCGCGGCACCAUCAGCUCAGGUCGCCAUCUAAUCCUGGUCACUACUCUAGGUCCAGAGCCUGAGGAGGGGUCUGGCACCUGGGGACAGUGAGAUGAAUGUGUGUCGAAUGAACUACAACUUCAAUGAAGAAGCGACUCCCAUGACGCAGGCCAGGCACCGCGAAGCCGCAGCCCGGCGCCCGCGAGGCUUUCUGGGGAUUGUAGUUCUGCCUGGCCCGAGGUAACGCGCCUGCGCACUGACGCAGGCGCGGCGGGAGGACUGAGCCCCGGUUGUUGCCAUGGCUUCUUAAUCCGGCCGCGGCCGGCCCGGAGCAACCCAGCUAGGCGCCCUCUAGCUUCAGCGGCGACCCGGACGAGAAAGCGGAAGGAAUCCCGUGCGUGAGCAGCCAGUGGCGUGGAAGAAUGGCAAUGAGCCACUCCUUGAAGGAGCGGACCAUCUCUGAGAACAGCCUGAUCAUCCUGCUCCAGGGCCUCCAGGGCCAGGUGACCACCGUGGACCUGCGGGAUGAGAGCGUGGCCCACGGACGCAUAGAAAAUGUCGAUGCUUUCAUGAACAUCCGCCUGGCCAAAGUCACCUACACGGACCGAUGGGGUCACCAGGUGGAGCUGGAUGACCUCUUUGUGACUGGCCGUAACGUCCGUUACGUCCACAUCCCAGAUGACGUGAACAUCACCGCAACCAUUGAGCAGCAGCUGCAGAUCAUCCAUCGGGUGCGCAACUUUGGUGGCAAGGGCCAAGGCCGGCGGGAAUUCCCCUCCAAAAAAUAUAAGUGAGGCCAUGCCCUCAGCACGCUCCAGCCCCAACUCAGGUUUCCCCAGUGUUGUCCUGAGCCAGCUCCCUGCCAUCCCUCCCUGCCCAGACCUGGGAAAGGAACAGGGCCAGUCCAGAAACUAGUGUCCGACAGACACCACCUGUCACAGCUGCCUUUCACAGGGUUUCAACCUCCCAGACUCACCCUGAGAUCCAGAAUCCUAUGUAUCUGUCUGUGGCCUUGGGAUAGGUGACAAUCCCCUUUUUUGAUCAUUUGUAUCUGAAUCUCUGAUUUUCUGACUUAGGGAAUCUGUCAAAUAGUUUUCACCCCUCUCUCAGUGAGGAUUAGUAAAUGUGCACUGCCUGAGAUACCCCUCACUGUCCCCAUUUCUCUUGCAAUUGUGUUCGUUUCCUCAUAAAACCAAAUUUGGAUACAAGCAAA